AUGGAAAAUAAUAAUAAUCAAAUUGAAAAGGGAAUUUUUAGAUGUUACGGUACAUCUCAUUUGGCACCAAAUCAAAAACCUGAUUGGAACAAGGCAGUUUCAGAAGCGGAGAAAAUCGUUGGAUAUCCGACUUCUUUUUUAAGCCUAAGAUGGCUUUUAAGUGACGAAAUUGCCAAUAUAGCAUUACAUUUGAGAAAAUUAGUUGGUAGUAAUCAUCCCUUGCUUAAAACGGCCAAAAGUCUUCUGUACAAUGGAAGGAACAACAUGCAAGCUUGGGGUUUGAUUGUUUUGCUCAUAUCAAAAGCAGCUGGACAUUUAAACGUUGAUGAAAUGGAAGAAGAUAAAGCUGCUGGAGUCUUACACAGUCAAAGAGCUCUCGCUGAAGUCACAGAAAUGAUUCGAACAUCACAUUUGGUACACAAGGGUCUCGUUAACAUUUAUCCAGGACUCUAUUCGGAAACAUCCGUUCUUAACGACAUGACUUUUGGUAAUAAGAUAGCACUCCUAAGCGGUGACUACCUUUUGGGUAAUGCCUGUGCUGAAUUAGCUGGUCUAAGAAAUCAAAGUUUGGUCGAAUUAAUGAGUUCAGCAAUUAGAGAUUUAACAGAAGGAGAAUUUAUAGGGCCGAGAGAUAAACAAAAUAAUCCGAUGCCUUCACCACCAGGACCUCCAGGUACGGCCAUGGAAGAAUGGACUUUAAGAAACGUUUUAUCAGCUGGUAGCCUAUUAGGUAAAUCGUGCCAGGGUACUUUACAAUUGGGAGGACACGGACCUAAAUUUCAAGAACAAGGAUUUUGUUUUGGUAAACAUUUAGCUCUUGCGUGGCAGGCUUGUCUCGAUUUAGAGCCAUUUUUACCAGAAUCUCAAUAUUCGAAAGGAAAUCCGUUUGAUUUAACAUCGGCUCCCGUUCUUCUCCAUUUGGAAUACGAUCCGAGCCUUUAUAGGGAAAUCGAAAAGGGAAAAGGAUCAGUUUUCGACGUCGAUUACACGAAACUUCAAGAAAUAAUAAGCGAUAGUCCGGCCAUAGAGGAUACAAAAAAUUGCAAAAAAGUACAUUCGAACAAAGCCAUGGACGUAUUACAAUCAUUUCAAGAAUCCGAUGCGAGAACGGCAUUAUCGAAUAUAAUCGUGGCCAUGGGAGAUGGAUUGUGA